UAAACAUAAAGUUGCAUCUGUGAGCAUGUACUUGUAAAGAAACACAGCUUGAUUUUCUCUCUUCAGCAUGUGAGUCGGUUCAUUGUAACUAAAGAGAGUUUUAAAACACCGGCCUCUCUGAUUAUUUAUUAUAUUAUGACUGAUGUUUAUUAACUGGAGAUUUGGUUUUUCCUGAAAGAAGAUGAAUAUUCUCAGCAUUGUGUUUGUGUUGACUGUAGCCCUGAAUAUAUGUUUAGGGUUCAUUCUUCAGAUGUCUAAGGUCCAGGUGUUUCCUCAGGACAGCGUCGUCUUACCCUGCAAUAGUUCAGGGUUUCUCAAAGAAGAGCUACAUUGGGAAGCGAUGGGCAAAGAUGUGGUCUCUCUCCAUGGAGGCAACAUCACAGUUAGUCAGGGGUUUGAGGAUCGAGUGUUUCUCGUGGAUCCUGAUUUGUCUGAAGAUUUCUCCCUCGUUUUAAAAGAUGUGAUGUUUAAUGAUGGAGGAGUGUAUAGAUGUCUGUGGAAGGGACAGAAAACCAUUUGCUCAGUGCAUGUACAUGUGUUGAAGCCUUUAGUUUUCCCUGUUUUCGCUGUGGUGGGUGAAGAAGUCACAUUGAAGUGCUUCGGUCAUAUCUCGAAAAAUCAAGCAUGGGAAGAUCUUAACAUUCAGUGGUUUAAAGAUCACAGAGAAGUUAUCCGGUUGACGUCUGGAAAGACAGAUGUUAAUGUUGAAAACAGCAGUAUGUCAUUGCCCUCCAGAGAAGAUCUUUCUCGAGGGAUCUUCUCAUUGACCAUCAGAUCUGUAAGAGAUCUGGAUCAGGGUGUUUAUCACUGCUGGUACAGUACCGCAGAUUAUGAGGAACCACGGAGUGGACAUCCAGAGUCACACACACUCACUGUUCUGGCUGUGUCUUCUGAAGUGUCACCCACCACAGAUUCGAUCCUCAGUGUCAGCGACGGCUCUCAUACUCACAUCAGCAGGUCUGGGUCAACUUUGACAGCUGUUGCAAACACUCCGAGGGAAUCAUCUAGUCCUGUAUCAACACAGACUUAUGUGAAGAGAAAUCAAACUGAAUCCAUCAGCAGAGCGUCUUCGCAGACGUCUGCAGAGAUAGCUAAAGUGACGUCCACCACAGAUUCAAUCCCCAUUGUCAGCGACAGCUCUCAUACUCACACCAGCAGGUCUGUGUCAACAUUGACAGCCGUUGCAAGCACUGAGAGUGAAUUAUCCAGACCUGUAUCAACACAUGCGUAUGUGAAGAGAAGUGAAACUGAACCCAUCAGCACAGCGUAUGCGCAGACGUAUGGAGAGACGGCUGAAGGUCGGUAUGGGCAUCUCAAGAUCCCAUUGGAUAAGAAGAUUCCCUGGAUUGUGAUUAGACUCAUCAGUGGAGUUUUGCUCAUCACAGCCGGAGUUUUGGUUUUGCUGAUGCUCUUUAUAAGAAACUGAUUUGUCUUCAUUGUAAAAUGAAGAUUUUGUAAGGUUAUAAUUAGUUAAGUUUUUAAACUUUGUAUCAUCUGUAGAGCAGUGUGGUUUAUGAUGUAUACCUGGAGUAUCAAAAAAUCUAACUUUAUUUCUUUACUUUUAAACCUGUUGUUAAACUUGAGAGAAGGCUUCACAGAAAUGUUUUUCUGUAUUUAGUAAAACCUCUUACAAGAGAAGAAUUACGAUACUGAGGCAGAAAGUUUUAAUAACCAGCUAUCCUCUGUAAUGUAAUGUUGCUUUAGCUUUUUAAAUUACAAAA